AUGAGACAAGUUGCUGGUAGCAUUACUCGUUUUCUCAAAGUUACAAGUGUAUUCGCUCCAGCAAGUCAUGCAGUUCCCGGUCUUAGAUGCAGUCUGACUGUCGCUGGAUGGAGGAGAGCUUAUUCAGAGGGACCUUUGUUUGGGAACCACAACAAUACUUUUCGGACCACCACUAGACAGGGAGCGUAUGGUAGCACAGAGGUACUCAACGAUGACUUGAUGUCUGAUGCGAUCCCAACGGUCAAGCUAGAGGCUGAAUUGGUCAACGAGCAUACGUCUACAUACUUGCCAAAGGCACCGAUAAUCGUACUGCACGGGCUGUUUGGUUCGCGUGCCAACAACAGGACCAUUGCGCGGCAGUUGAACGAGCGGCUCGAGAGAGACGUGUACUUGCCAGACCUGCGCAACCACGGCGCGUCUCCUCACAUUGGAAGGCAUGACUACCCGGCGAUGGCCGCAGAUAUCGAGCGGUUCAUUCGCGAGAAGGAGUUCGAGUUCAAGCCCAUCAUUGUGGGCCACUCAAUGGGCGCGAAGGUCGCGAUGAGCGUCGUCUUGCGCAAACCCGACAUGUGCUCAAUGAUGGUGAGCAUCGACAACGCGCCUGUUGCCACGAUGCCUACGACUUCUUUCCCACGCUACGCGACAAAAUUACUCGAGAUCAUAAACUCCAAAGAUAUUCAGACGCUGAAAGCAGCCGACGAGGCCCUCAAGGCGGUGGAGAACAGCGUCGUGAUCCGCCAGUUCCUGCUCACCGUGCUGCAGCGUUACAAGGAUGAGGCAACCGGCGAGUGGAAAUUCCGCUCGCGUAUCCCGUUGGGGAUUUUGAGCGAUGCCAUCGUGAAGGGCAACAUCGCCAACUGGGAGUUCAACCCCUGGGUCCACCGCUGGACGGGUCCCGCGCUGUUCAUUCGCGGUACACAAUCCCACUACAUCGCCGACGAGUUUCUCGUGGACAUCGGCCGGUUUUUCCCCAGCUUUGAAAUCCGCGACAUCGACGCGGGCCACUGGGUCAACACCGAGAAGCCGAAGGAGUGCGUCGAUCACAUCGUGGACUUCAUAGAGCGCCACGAAGACGACACACUUUGA